UCGCUGUGCAGGGUUGGAUUGAAAGAGUUUGGGGGAGUUUGUCAUGUAGUUGUGCGCAGAGUGCAUUUGCGCAUCAUUUUGUUGACAGGCGACGCCAAUGCUUCGUGUUUUUGACCCAAGAAGAAAGAUUCUUGGUUCGGGAGUUUACAUGGACGUCAUUCUUCUGCUGUGUCACCUGAGCAAUCUCUUUUAAGUCGAUUUUCGAAUCAAUCGCGUAAGCUCAAAAAUGAAUACUUGUUGCAUAAAAAAUUGUCCAUACGAAUCGGGCAGUUAUGUAGGUGCAGAAAAUCGGAUAAGUUUAUAUGACGUAUCUUCGACGAAGUAUCACAGAAAUGUAAUAUGGAUGGAAGCUAUUAAGCCGCAUAUGCAACCGCCGUUGUUUGGAGGUGCACCCUUGCGUAUCUGCCAAUAUCAUUUCGAUGAGAGUUGUUUUUAUAAAGGAGACGUGACACUCUGGAAAGACGGCGUUCAAACUACAAUUCCACGAAAGAGGAAACAACUGAAGAAAACUGCCAUACCCACGAUUUUUAGUGCUUAUAAUGAAUCACAAAAUCCAUUGGUGUCGACCAAUCUUCAAAAUACCGGCAAAAGAGAAGUGGAGAACACAAGUGCACUUCAAACGGGAUUUUCACCUCAACCAGUAAGUGCGCCUCAAGCUGUAGCUGCACCUCAGCCUGCAGUUGCGUCUCAACCUCGAGUUGCGUGUCGACCUAUAGCUGUACUUGUAGCGCCGGUUUGCGUUGGGGAGGGUGAGAGCAAUCUGGCAGCGAAUACCAAACCGGCCGUACCAGAAGCUCUAAAUGUCUGCUCUCAUGGUCCUGCAACAAAAGUUCCCGGAGUAUACUCUAGGAAAGAUUUAAUUCGCAAUUGGAACACCGGGUCCGCAAAGCACUUAUCGUGGGGGUGGGGGAUGGUUGCUUCAACUAGAGGUGUAAUUUUCUCAUAUCAUGACGACUCAAAGGAAGGAGUUGAUGUAUCAAGGCUACUCAUUGUGGAAAAUGACAUGAGCACCAAGCUUCAAAUUCGCGGGCGUAAUUCAACUUUUCCGAUUUUGGAAAGGAUAACGUGCUUCAAGGAUCUGACGUCAACUCUGCUCAAGAUCAUGAGUCUGAGAUUGUGCGAAAAUAUUUCGUGCAAAGACGGUUGCUUCCAGGCCGUUUCAAAAUCGAAAAGUGUUAGAUGCGAAAAUUGUAGGAAAGAAAAAAGAAGAAUGGAUGCAUGCGAAAGCCAACGUAUAAAACGCUUGAUCGCUCGCAAAGAAAAACUGAAGAAAAUCGAAAGACAUAAACGGAACCUCAAACGGAGACUUACUCGUUCUGAAAAAAAGAUCUCAUUGCUGAAAAAAAAGGUAGAACAACUCAUGGUUACAUGCGAAGCAGCAAAUAAAGUGAAACUGGAGGAAUUAAUAAAAUCAUAUCCCAAAGAAAUGCAAGAAGCUAUAAUAAAUUGCCAACGCUACGCUACACUAAAGGAUAAAAGGGGCAUGCGUUACAGUAAAGAGUGGAUUGCGGAGUGCCUUAAAUUACGUGAAAAAAAUCCCCCGGAUUAUUUGUAUUUGCGAAAGCAGAAAAUCCUCGCAUUGCCAUCAAACGCAAUUAUUAAUUCUUAUUUGAAAAAAAUGAACAAAAAUUGUGAAAUUGAUGCUGUCGUUCCUGAAAGUACACUCGUCGGUUCUGAAACUGCUCUCGAUGAUUCUGGAAGCGUUUCUAUUGCUAAAGAAGAAAUAAAAGAAGAACCAGUGUUUGAUGAAAUUGAUCUAAUUGAAGAGAUUUCUUUGGACAGUACUGAUUCCUUCUUUACAAAAUACGAAGUGCUGAGUGAAACAUGCACUAGUGAUGAUGAUCAAACCACUCUGAUGAAAUUGGAGGUAGAGGAUUACACUAUUUUUCAAUAAAUCGGCAUCUAAUGGUGAAAUGUGGCGAAACUUUGCGGAGACCAUUACUCGUAUGGAAAAUCAUGACUCCUAUGUGGAUAUUAUAACAACGUCCACAUACAGUUCAUGGUUUUUGUUGUUGGCGAUAAAAUAUAGAAUGAUGUGCAAAUAGAGAUAUGUGGAAGAUGAAUGGUUUGGAAGGUACAGAUACGAGUUGCCUUCACCCGUCCUGUAUUAAAUGAUUAAUGAUUCAGAUGAAAA